AUGCCCAAAGAAAUCAAAAUAGCUCAGGAGGUGCCGCCAGUCGUGGUUGAUGAUUCUGAACCGAGACUGGCUGCAAGGCGAACGAGGGAGCCGCCCAAAGAUGCCGGCCAGAUAUACGGUGAUCACCCAGAUUGCCGCAAUCAUAUCCGAUACUUCAAGAGCCUCAGUGAGUGGAACAAACACAUGAAGAAACACGACCGUCCAUACAAGUGUACGAACCCAGGUUGCAACCAGCGGUUUACUCAGUCAGGUGUCAUGCACCGUCAUGUACGCGAGGUUCAUUGCGAAGGGAAGAAGUGGAUGUGUCCUUAUCCAGACUGUAAUAGCAGCUCAGGAAAAGGAUUUAAAAGAAAGGGAGGUCUCGACACCCAUAUCCGCUACGUUCAUACGGAAGCAGGAAGGAAUUCUCUCCGCGCUCAAAUUGCUCAGCUUCAGCGGGAAGCUAUGCAAAGGGAUUCAAGGCUGGAUAAGCUGGAAAGGGAGCUGAAACAGGCACUUUCUCCUUCUGUUCGGCUCCCUUCCUGCUAUCGGACGAUGAUUAUUGGUUUAAGAUAUGUUGAUGGCCUGCGGAUGGGCAGGGUGAGGAGGGCGACCCAAAAGGAGGCCGAAGAGCGAGAGGAGCCGUUUCUGGUGGCCCUGAACGAAAAGGACCGUGGCCAUCGAAGCGACCAGAACGCCAGCGGGAGAGAGCAGGCGCGCGCGAGACGCCUGAUCGUUGGACCCACCACGAGCUCACGUGUGAACGGUGGUUGGGGCGUGGCGGUUGGGGCGGCGGGCCGUGGACGGAGCGCGUUGCGCUGGACAAGCCGAAAAUGGCGUGAAAACAAGCCCAAAGCGGCCGCCCCCGAGCAGAACGAAAUUAACAGAUAG